UCAACAUGCGCGCUCCACAUGGCUACAAACUCGUGGCCACUUGCUGGGUGCGCGGGUCAGAAGAAUGAAUGAAAACCACUAAGAUUAAAAAAUCAUGCCAACCACCGAAAACUCCACAAAUGAAACUCAAAAUCAGGCAUCCCCGGCAAACAGUGGAAGUGGAACCGCGAAUAUCUCGGACACAAUUGUGCAGGUGGGGGCGAGUGUCAAAGCCCCGAUACCUUCUGUCAGUAGCCCUGCAAUCCCCGCCACCAUUUCGAAAGGUACAACGAAAGACCCCGAACCUGGCCAAACCCAGCCACAGAACGCAAAUAAUGGAUCCAGUGCCACCCAGCUUCCCGUGUCCGUGAUGCAUGUUGCACCUACUACCUCCACCGUGACGGUCGCACCUGUCCAGGCAAGCGCUCAACCAGUUACCUCAUCCAUAAACUCAGUCGUGAGCAACCCGGCUCCAAAGGUGGUCAUGACAACCACGGGACCGAGACCCAUUUCUCCGGUGGUGGCGGGACCGAGAGUGAGCUCUCCAACGGUGACCAUGAGCGCACAACCACCGGCGCGCAUGAGCUCUCCUUUGGGACCAGCCGUGACUCGAGUUGCCACCGCGACCCAGGCACCGGGGAAGGCUGCAGUGAUAGCCAUACCAAGACCAACAACUUUUCAGCAACCAGCUGCAUCCGUCAGACCCCCACAGACCACGUCUGUCCAGCUUCCAGCCAACUUUCAAAUCCCGCCAGGCAUGGUGCUCAUCCGUAGUGACAGUGGUCAACUGAUGCUGGUGUCCCAACAAGCUUUGGCCGCAGCCCAGGGCCUCGCAGCCAGAACUCCUGGCACUGGGACCUCUCCUAGCUCCAGGCCACCCGCCACGCAGGUGUCUGCAGCGACUGUCGUGAGAAAAGCUGAGAAUCCAGGGGUGAUCAGAGUGCCUCCUCCUCCUAACCCCCAUGUGACCACAGCACAGAGAACCCCCUUGGUUAAGGUGGUAGGGGCUGUUCUGACCCCUCCUGCAGGCCAGAGCCAGACCCCCAGGCCUAUGAUCCGCCCAGUGGCCCCUGUCACAGUCACCCGUUCUCCUGGCCCUGGUCCUCUCAUCAUCCCAACCAAACCCACCAACACCCCCAGGGCCACACCCCCCAGCAUCACACCUGAGGUCCUGGAGAAUGUGAAGAAGUGUAAGAACUUCCUGGUGACGCUGAUCAAGCUGGCCUCUAGUGGGACCCACUCUGCUGACAUGGCCAAGAACGUCCGAGAGCUUGUCAAGAGCCUGCUGGAUGGGAGACUUGAACCUGAGGAGUUCACUGACCAACUCUACCGUGAGCUCAAGUCUUCUCCCCAGCCCUACCUGGUGCCCUUUCUCAAGAAAAGUCUCCCAGCUGUGCGGCAGCUCACCCCCAACCCACAGCUCUUCAUCCAGGAGGUUGACCAACCCAAGCCACAGGCUCCAGCCGCCUCCAAGGCCCCGGCCCCCACUCCAGGCCGCACCCCUACCCUCCUCUCCACCAACGCGAGGCCUGCCCACCUCAGCGCUGCUAGUGGCCAGCCAAUCAAAUCCACCCAGCUAGUGAUCCAGCAGCCUAGAGGUGUGGUGUAUAAGCCUGCUGUGACAACCUCCGCCCCGGCCCAUACAUACCUGUCUGUUCAGAACAGGAGCCUGGCCAAACCCAUGGUCCUACAGUCAGGACAGCACUACAACACAGGAGCUAUUGUCAGGCGGACUCCUUUCCUGGUCCCACCUCCUCCAGCCCAGAGACAUCCCUUCAAGGACAGUGUUGGUUCCUUCAGGGAGGAGGAUGACAUCAACGAUGUGGCCUCCAUGGCUGGGGUCAACGUAAGCGAGGAGAAUGCCCGUAUCCUAGCAACCAACUCUGGGCUGGUGGGCUCUGUGGAACGAUCCUGUCAGGACGAACCCUUCCUGUCCCCAGCCCCGCUGCUCACACACAUCCUCCACACUGGUGAGAAGUUUGGAGUGUCUGAGGUGGGGUCAGACGUGAUCAGUCUGGUGUCUCACGCCACACAGGAGCGUCUCAGAGACCUGCUGGAGAAAGUCACUGUGGUGGCACAGCAUCGCAAGAUGGCCCUCAAGGAGGACUACAGUCACGUUCAGACCAGUAACGUGCGUUCCCAGCUCCACUUCCUGGAAGAGCUGGAGCGUCUGGAGAAGCAGAGGAGAGACGAUGAGGAGAGGGAGACACUGCUCCGCAUUGCCAGGAGUCGCUGUAACACUGAGGACCCAGACCAGCAACUACUGAAACAACGGGCCAAAGAGCUCCAGCAGUUGGAGCAGGCUCAGCUGCAGCACAGAGAAGCCAACCUCACUGCCCUGGCUGCCAUCGGACCUCGCAGGAAGAGACCACUGGACUCCAAUGGAAUCCAGGUGGGGCCAGGUGGCAUUAUGUCAGUACUACAGAGGGCUGGGGUUCAGAGAGUGACUGGGGUCUCUCUGAGGGACUUGCUGUUCUGUCUAGAACAGGACCCUCCUCUACGACACUCUCUCACUCUCUACAAGGGCCUGCUCAGAUAGUUUGUGUGUAUACACUACACUAACACACACACACACACACACACACACAGUGUGGUUAAACAGCUUAAUACUAUCAGUCUCUCUCCCACCAUUUGUGCCAGAUUAUGUGUGCCUUAACACUCUUUCAGAUGUUGUAUAUUAUAUUUAUUUUGAUAUUUUUAUUAUUUUGUUGAUAUUUUUGUUAUGUAUUAUUAUUUUGUUUUCUAACUAUUUGUAGCACUGUCAGCAAUGUCACAGAGUUCUGCUGAUACAUGCUGAGAGAGAAAGAUUGUAGUCAGGUUGGCAGGACCAUUAAAAAAAAAAAAAUUGCACUUUUUGAGAGGGACAACUCUGUGUGAGAGAAGAGGUCAGAACAGUAGAAGUCAGCUCUGUGUGUUACAGCCUAAAGCAGUGACCCUCUGCCCUUAGUGUGAUUCAGAGAGUGGUCUGUGGUGAGGUCACUGACUUUUUCCCUUGUUUUUCAGUUCAGUUUCAUGCUAAUAAUAUCACAGAUUGAUGUCUGUGACAGCCAUUCCUUACUCUGUUUACAUGGUUGACCUGAUAAUUGUAAACCUGUGACAAUUAAAUUAAGUUAAUAGCAAACCAUA